GGCGUUCUUCAGUCCGUGUCGACAACGACGACAGCUCACAGUUGUUUUACGGUCUCGUGUCGGUCGCUUUGGCCAAUUACAAAACGAAUUUGCAUAAUAUCCUAAAAUGUCGCUGACAUCGUUGGGGAUUAGCGCCGGCUUCAUGGUCGGCUGCUGCAUAGCAGCUCAGGUGGCUCGUCGGGUCAGUCGGCGGCUCCUCAGCAGAGAGGGUAUCGUCCCGGUGCUGAUGAACGAGGCCAUCGCAGCGGCCGAGCUGUGCGCCUGCUGCUUUGAACUGAUCAUUGUGGCGGAUAACUUUGGUGUGGCCACCUAUGCCAUCUUUCUGUUUCUGCUGACAAUCUGGUGGGGCAAGGUCUGGGGCGAUGCCUCCGCCUGCCCAUACACACACAUGGAGGAUGUGCUGGAGGGUCGCACCAGCUUCAAGGAGAUGGCAUUGCGCACCUGGGCCGAACUUAUGGGCGGCUGCUGUGUAUAUCGCAUUGUUCAAGUCUUCUGGUGGCUGGAAUUUGCUGAAACUCACAAGGGAAGGGCAUUCGAGGAGUGCAAUGCCGACUUGCAGGUUAGCCCUUAUUUGGGCGCUGCCAUUGAGGGCAUAGCCACCAUGCUCUGUCGCCUGGCCUCGAAGACGCUGAGUGUACAUGAGCCAAAGUUUAGUAGCUACAUUGACUCCUUUAUUGGCACCAGCCUCGUGGUGGCAGCCUUCAACUUCUCUGGCGGCUACUUUAAUCCAGUACUAGCAACAGCUCUGAAAUGGGGCUGCCGUGGCCACAGCAAUCUGGAACAUAUAAUCGUAUAUUGGAUUGGCGCCUGUCUAGGUGCGCUGCUAUCGGUGCCAAUCUUCAAGCUCCCUGUUGUGCGACGCCUUCUGCUGGGCGAUGAGAAGACAAAGGAGGCUUAAAAUCCAAAUGAUCGAUGAUUAGGAAUAGUUAGUUAUUUAUGACCACAGUUCUAUUGGAGACAAAUUUGUUUAUUAUCUGAACUAAGGAACAAUAUGUUAAUUGCAUGCAUUGCUUAGUGGCGAUACAAAUCUUCGUUAGCUUUUAAUUAUUUAUUUUACUUGUUGCUUAUUAUAAAUAAAUUAUUGAAAAACAAAA